UAGGAAGGGUGUUUUUGGUGGGAUUGGAAAGGGUUUGUGGAAGUUUGGGUGAGGAAUGGUUGAUGUUUUUGAAGAAGGUACAUUUUUAUAGGAUUAUAAAAAUAAAUAUGAUAAGGACAUGAAGAAGCAUUUUAAAGAGAUUCGGGAAUUCAUUGCAUCAAGAAACUCAUCCAAACAAAUGAAGUUAUAUGAUAUCCAAAAAAUUAACCUAAAAAGACAGUUUAAACCGAUAAGGAGUGGACAUGACCAUCACAGAAAUUUCCAAUCGAACCAUAGGAACAAAAGCCCUAAAAAUCUCCAAAACAGUGACCAAGAUACCAAAAGACCUUCAUUAAAACGGAAACUUGUGAUCAAAAUCAAGAGUAUUUUCGAUACAGAUUCAUCAAGUUCCGAAAAAUCAAAUUCCACAAUGAGAUCUACAAGCAGCAUGACUUUAAAAACCAUUGAGAACCGCCACAACGCCCAAACCUCCCCUCUCGCCUAUACUGAAGAGGCUCGAGACCCCUCACUAGCCACACACAUCCUAGAUGUGCGCACUGAGCACGAGCUCUUGAGCAAGUCUUUGUCCAGGCACACACAAGAGAAGUACGGCUUUGCAGAUAGAGUCGCAGUCAAGCAAGUCAACCAGAUUUUGGAGAUUUGUGAUGACCAAGGGCAGAAAUUUAAUGAACAUCCUUAUUUUUGUAAGAAGAGGUUGAAACAGUCGGAGUCACAGGGUGAUCCUUAUCAAUCCAGAUCUCCUUAUUUGAGAAGUAAGGAAAUAUCAUUGCACUGCCUGAAGAACUGGAUAUCACCUAUCAAAAGAUUUGUGCCAUUGAAGACCAAAUCUAGCUACUCCAGAAAGCUCAGGCUGCAGUCAAACCCAAGACAGCUGCACCAGAACCAGACCGUGGUCCAGGACCACGCACAAAGAAUUGAGAGGAACUCCAUGAUCAAGUGACUUAAGAAUGAUUUAAAGAAGUUUAUAAGUAAGCGGUUUUUAUGUAUUUUAGGCCACUCGAAGGUGAGAGGAAGGAGGAUGAGGGGUUGGAAGGGGAUUUGGGGGUGAAUGGGGUUGGGAAGAUGAUUUUGGGGGUUGGAUUUUAUUAGGAAUUUUGGGGAUGAUUAUCUUUAA